CACAUGUUCUUCUAUAGUUUGACAUCUCGUCAUCUGUGUUGGUUAUAAAAAUCUAAACAAGUUAAAAAAGGUUGAAUAUGAAAUAAAAUACACAUAGCUCAGGAUUUUAUCUUUGAUACUUAGGUUUUACAUUUAAUAAUCUUCAGCCAAAAUGAUGAAUCCAACCUCAACUUACGCUAUACAAAGUACAGCAGGAGCUGUUCCAGUUCGAAAUGAAAAGGGUGAAAUAUCUAUGCAGAAAGUUAAGGUACAUAGAUAUGUUUCGGGUAAAAAACCAGAUUAUGCUCAAGAUGCUGGUUCCAACAGUGAAAGUGACGAUGAGGACUUUUUGGAUAAAAGAAAUCAGCAAAACUUUCCUCCUUCUCCAGAGCAUCCAAAAAGUGAUGAAGAAUUAAACGAUCCUAGAUUGAGACGUCUCAAAAUAGCAGAAAUUGAAACAGAACAUCGACCUGAAAGGAGGAGACAUAUUAUAGUCCCAGAAGUUUUGGAAUCUUCAGAUGAAGAAUCAGACAGAGAAGAACAGUCUACUAUAAUUGAACAAAAGCAUAUGCUUGAAGCGGGACCUGAUGAGGAUGAAUCUGAAGCCGAGUUGAGCGAUACUGAAAUAGAGCGUAGGAGAGAAUUAUUGAAACAAAAAAUGAUCACAAAAACUGAGGAAGAGCAUUUGGUUAAAGAGGAUGAAAAAUCGGAUUCCGAUUCAGAGUCGUCAGAAUAUGAGGAAUAUACAGAUUCAGAGGAGGAUACUGGUCCACGGUUGAAACCAAUAUUUGUGAGAAAAAGAGAUAGAAUAACCAUAAUUGAAAAAGAAAAGGAAGAACUUAAGCAGAAGCAAAUGGAACAGGAAGCUUUAAAACAAGCAGAAGAAAGAAGAAGACAAACGUUAAGGUUAGUAGAAGAGACUAUAAGAAAAGAACAGCAGUUAGCCUCCAAGGAAAAUAACGAGCCCAACUUGAACGACGUGAAUACAGAUGAUGAGAAUGAUGAAAUCCAGUAUGAGGCUUGGAAACUGAGAGAACUGAAACGAGUGAAAAGGGACAGGGAAGAAAGAGAAGCCUUGGAGAAGGAAAGGCUCGAGAUAGAGAGGUUGAGGAAUAUGACGGAAGAAGAAAGACGGUUAGAGUUGCGAUUGAACCCCAAAGAAGUCACCAACAAGGCAGUAAAAGGCAAAUACAAAUUCUUGCAGAAGUAUUACCACAGAGGUGCCUUCUAUUUGGACAAGGAGGACGAGGUCUUCAAACGCGAUUUUGCGCAGGCCACUCUGGAAGAUCACUUUGACAAAACGGUACUACCUAAAGUUAUGCAAGUUAAAAACUUUGGUCGGUCGGGCAGAACCAAGUACACUCAUCUGGUGGAUCAAGAUACUACGCAGUUCGACUCGCCUUGGUCCAAUGAGACACCACAGAAUUUGAAAUUCCACAGUAGUCAGGCGGGAGGAGCUAAACAAGUCUUUCAGAAGCCAUCGUUGAAGAAGAAAAAGACUGAUUACUGAAAAUUUGCUCUGUAAAUAUAUGAAUCGUUUUAUUUGAGGAAAUAUCGAGAGGUUUUGGUUGAUUACCGAACAAACAAUAUUUUUAUUUUUGCUGAAGUUUUCAAAUUUUAGGACUCAUUUGGCAUAAUCUUUAAGAACUGAGCGAAGCCUGUUUAUUUUAUUUUUCUUCGGUUCAGCUCCAUAUUCGCUCCCACAUUUGUUCGGAAUUGAUGAAAUAUGAAAGCAAAGAAUUUAGAUGAAUAUUGGAAUAUAAUAAAAAUUUAAAUAUGA